AUGGCACAAGCUAUCGAACGACCUCAUGCUAUUAUUAUUUGCAUGAGCGAUCAUUACCAGAAAAGUAACUUUUGUCGAACCGAAGUACAAUAUGCAUUUCAACGAAAACUUAAAAUGAUACCAAUUCUUCUGCAACAACAUUAUAAACCUAAUGGUUGGCUUUCUCUUAUAAUUAGUCGAUUACUCUAUGUUGAUUUUACUAAAUAUGAAUUUUCCAAAGCGAUUGAGAUACUAUUGAAGGAACUCAAAUUAGCACAGGUAGAUGAUAAUGGAUCAGUCGUACCUGUGCAAUCGAAAAUAAAUCUUCUAGUCCAAUCGAUUCCUGCCACGUUUUCAACAAAAUUACCAUCAGAACAGACGGUAUUACCUAACAAUAUCCGAGAAUGGACUAGUUCACACGUAUAUAGAUGGCUUUCAGACAACAAUCUUCCAGAAAUGGUUCGUAUUUUGUCAGACGUUGACGCUCCCGGUUUAAUCUAUCUAAGUGAAUAUAUCAUAAGUGGCGAAUCACAACAAAUUCUGUUAUCACUUCAACAAGAUUCACAUCAACGUUCCAAUGAGGAUUUGUUACUUGUUGAAUUAGCUCGUUUUCGAAGUUUAAUCGAAAAAGAAGGACUCACAAGGAUGACAUCUGUUAAAGUAUUGACACAAGCGAAUCCUACAAUCACAAAUAGUAACCAUUCCAAAUGUUGUAACAUUAUGUAG